CUACGUGUCCGAGCAGUAGCAGAGUUCCAUGACCAGGCAGCUAUGGGCUUCCACAAGACGUUGGCUCGUGUGAGCCGCAUGUACGUCUGGCUGAAGCGCAAGGACUUUGUGAAGGACUACGUCGCAGAGUGUCCCACCUGUCAGGAGGUGAACAGUGCGAACCACCUACCUUAUGGUUUGCUCCAGCCUCUUCCUAUCCCUGAGGGUCGUUUGCAGUCCAUCCCGAUGGGCUUUAUCGGUCCUCUUCGACCUCCGACCCCCCGCGGUCAAGAUGCUAUCCUGGUCGUCGUCGAUCGCUUCACGAAGCGUGCACGCUUUGUUCCGUGUCGCUAUGCCAUCAGUGAACGUGAGGUCGCCGACAUCGUAUUUCACCGAGUCGUGAGUGACCACGGUUUACCUCUGAGCAUCAUAUCUGACCAUGACCCGCGCUUUACUAGCCGAUUCUGGCGACGGCUCCACGAGGUGUACGACACUCACCUCCGCUUUUCCUCGUCUUACCAUCCUCAGACUGAUGGUCAGACCGAGAUCAGGAACAGGACUCUCGGGGAUAUUCUCCGAAAGAUUGUUCGUGACGACCAGCAGUGGGAUCUCCAUGUUGCCCACGCGGAGAUGACCUACAACCACGCCGUCUCGCCAGCCACGGGGAUGUCGCCUUACUAUUGCGACCUCGGCUAUCACCCGCGUGUUCCCGCGGACUUCCUUCGACCGUCCCAGAUGCACCCCGACACGAGUUGUCCCGCGCUGGAUGAUUGGGUUGCACACAUGACGUCGAUUAUGAAGACCGCAAAUGAGCACAUAGCCGCUUCCCAGACUCGCAUGGCAGCACGUGCGAACCGAUCRAGGAUGGAUCACCCAUUCAAGGUAGGUGAUGAUGUGCUUAUCGACGCCCGCCACGUACAGCUCGAAGCGGACACGCUUCGCAAGUUUCGGCGUCGCUUCUUUGGCCCAUGCCGCAUCCUCCAGGCCGUCGGUUCUGAUACGACAUCUAGCUCGGUCAACUUUCGUGUGAAGCUGCCCGACUACCUACGCCAGACUCGUGUGGAUGAUGUCUACCACGUCUCGUUACUGCGUUCUUACCGCAGACCGUCCGAGCUUUUCGCUGGACAACCAUACGAGCGCCUUCCACCCAUCAUGGUGGACGGCCACGAGGAGUUCCUCAUUUCAGACAUCAUUGGUCGCCGAGUCACCGACGACAACCCUCCCCACGUCGAGUAUCUCGUACGUUGGAAGGGUUACCCUGAUGAGGAGGAUACCUAGGAGCCCCUCGAGCACUUGCAGCACGCUCGCAUGUUGGUGCG